AUGGCCGAACAGUUAGCUUUACCGACCGAUGUCGGGAGAGGUUUAGUGGAAGUGUUGCUUCCCACAAAGACUACUCCUUCUUAUGAGCAGCGCGUGAUCGGUAAAGAAAGUGAGAUUGAGGGGAUUGAGGAGUUUCGGGGGAUUCCGUAUGGCAUUGUUCCUUCGAGAUGGCAGCAUGCUUCGUUGCGGGAUCGCUUGCCUACGGAUAUCUUUCAUGCCACGAAGAAUGGGCCUCGCUGCCCACAGCCCCAAGAGCCUAACAACAGUGAUUUCUUCCAGUCCCAUCUUGACUUCCCCAGCGAUGUCACGGAAUCCGAGUUCGAAUGUCUGAAUCUCUUCAUUACAAGACCUAGUGCAUCUGCCCUGACUGGUGCGGCUAUCAAUCCUAAAACAGCUAAGCUUCCAGUCUACGUAUACAUUCAUGGCGGAGCAUACAGUUUCGGCGCCGGAACAGAUCCCAUGUGGGAUCCUGCCAGGCUAGUUAAAAGAUCCAUCGAUCUACAGUCACCCAUUAUAGUCGCAACAAUCAACUACAGACUAAAUAUCUUCGGCUUCGGGGCGUCCUCCGAGAUCAUCCAAGGCCAGAACCCAGAGGGACAGUUAAGAGGUUGCAACUUCGGUCUCACGGACCAACGUAUCGCUAUCCGAUGGGUCCACGAGAACAUAGCGGCCUUUGGUGGAAACGCGAACCAAGUGACAGUGGGCGGCCAGUCUGCAGGCGGGAGCUCUUCGCAUGCGCAUAUUUCACAGGCAGUUUUUGGGAAACAGGAACCUCUUGUUCAUCGCGCGAUUAUUCAAUCUGGUGCUGUGGGCGUUUUGGGCCCCAUCUCGAUGGACGUGGCUGACGAGCGGUGGAAUACGUUUUGUGCCCAGUUGAAUGCACCGGGGGAAUCCGCGUCUCCUUCUCGUUUGGAGUAUAUGGUGGAUUUGCCAGCUGACAGGAUCUUGGAAGCAUUCCGAGAGCUGAGGUGGAUGGUUAGUCCUCUCGUUGUAGAUGACUUGACCUUGUCAAAUGGAUCUGAUGGGCUUCCGAGAUGGAAUAUACACCUUGAUGGCCCCGAUAAACAUCUGACCCGGAGUCUUCCUGGCGAUGAUUUUGAGCCGAUUGCCGUGCUUAUUGGAGAUACGGACCUCGAGGGCACUAUUCAUGCUGAUCAAGUCUCCAAAAUUAAAAGCUUCACUCAACUCCAAGAAGCUCUAGUCCAAGGAGUCGACUCUCGUGAAUUCAUCGACGAAUUCCUUACAGUCUACGGCCUAAAGUCCGAUACCUCUCUACCCGACCUCCACGAACAAAUCUACCACUUCUUAUCCGACCUCCAAUUUGGUCAUCCGGUGCAACUUGCUCGAGACGAAUUGACCGACUGGGACCAUCAGUCCUCGGAUACAGAGAAAGGAAUAAAUCUCAAAGACAUAAAGCGUCCUACAGUGGUACAGUCAUUCCGUGCAAAUGUCGGAAACCCGUUCCCAGGACCAAACUACCAGAAGGCUCACCACUGCGUCGAUCUGAUCUACAUCUACGAUUCCUUCGCGGAGGCACUACGCGCUGCAGAUGAGGAACUUCCCGCAGAUGCCAUCACGAACGAUACUCUGGUUGAGCGUGUUCAAGGAGAUUGGAUUCGAUUUAUCGCGGCUGCGGUGACGGGGUAUCAGGAUGGUUUCGCGACGGUCUACAAUGCGGAUAGGUCGACGUCCACGGUGGAUAUGGCGUCUGAUCCGGAGUGGUCAGUGAGAAAAGACCGAUUUGACUUCUUGCAUAAGUACCAGGCUUCAGCGCAGCAGGCAAUGAAGGCGUUGUGUGGAAAUGGGCAUUCUUUCUAA